AGAUAAGAUAUAUUUGCAGGCUUUGGUCAGAAGACUUCAGCUGUUGAAAGCUUCAUUGAUUUUUAACCAUAACAACUUUUUGAUUACAACUGUGAGAUUUUCUGUUUCUGCUUAGCUGCUUGUAAUUGUCCUUCGUACCUGCUGGGGCAGCUUUGUGCCUGCCGUUCUGUAGUGAUUCCACACCAGCUAAGGUGGAGAACUUUACUCUGUUGAAAACAGGGGAGUUGUUACUGUUGUCAUUGAGAGCAGAUUUUUGAUCAGAAACUGAGAACUGGAUUUCCAAGCUGUCCUGCUAAUUGUUUGCUGCUUUUGCCUGAAAUGGGUAAAGUGUAUUGAUUCAUUUUGAGUGCUCCUGAUUGCUCUGGGUUCAGACAGAAAAAUGAAAACCUACCCAGCUAUUGGUUUCUUCCUCCUCUUCGUGAUCAGCUAUGGCUCCUCUGAAAACUCAAGUACAUCCAGAGGGUGUGGACUGGAUCUCCUCCCUCAGUACGUGUACCUGUGUGACCUGGAUGCCAUCUGGGGAAUAGUGGUGGAGGCCGUUGCGGGGGCAGGUGUGCUGACAACGUUACUGCUGAUGCUGAUUUUGCUGGUGAGGCUGCCCUUCAUCAAGGACAAGGAGAAGAAGAGCCCCCUGGGAAUGCACUUCCUCUUCCUUUUUGGGACUCUGGGACUGUUUGGGCUGACAUUUGCUUUCAUCAUCCAAGAAGAUGAAACGGUGUGCUCUACCCGAAGGUUUCUGUGGGGAGUUAUCUUUGCUUUGUGCUUCUCGUGCUUGCUAGCUCAAGCCUGGAGACUUCGUAGACUAGUCCGACAUGGGAAGAGCCCCUCUGGCUGGCAUCUAGCUGGUGUGGCAAUCUGCCUGAUGCUCGUUCAGGUCAUUAUUGCAACCGAGUGGUUAAUACUGACAAUUGUCAGAGAUAACAAGUUGGCCUGCAGCUAUGAACCCAUGGAUUUUGCUAUGGCUUUGAUUUACGUGAUGUUCCUGAUGGUAUUUGCCAUGGGAUUUUCUCUUUUCACUCUCUGUGGAAAGUUCAAGAAAUGGAAGAAAAACGGUGUAUGCCUCAUUAUCACCCUUUUUUUUUCCGUUUUGAUUUGGGUAGCCUGGAUGACUAUGUACCUCUUUGGUAACGCUGAGCUAAAGAGAAGAGACAAAUGGAGUGAUCCCACUCUUGCUAUUGCACUGGUGUCCAGUGGUUGGGUGUUUAUUAUUUUUCAUGCCAUCCCGGAGGUCCACUGUACCAUCCUUCCAUCACAGCAGGAAAAUACUCCCAAUUAUUUUGAUACUUCACAGCCAAGGAUGCGUGAAACUGCGUUUGAGGAAGACAUACAGCUUCCUCGGAGCUACAUGGAAAAUAAAGCAUUUUCAAUGGAUGAGCAUAAUGCAGCGCUAAGAACGGCAGGAUUUCGAAACGGCAGUUUGGGAAGCCGACCUAGUGCUCCUUUUAGAAGCAAUGUUUAUCAGCCAACUGAGAUGGCAGUUGUGCUAAAUGGUGGGACUAUACCAACUGCUCCGCCAAGUUACACUGGACGACACCUCUGGUGAAAGGCUGUAGGCUGUAGAGAAUAAGAAUCCUUGUUGCAGAUGUUGUUCCCUGGCAGUGUGUCUUUGAGGGAGGAAUCCGUAACAGUACCAGAACAAAGCAACAAAACAUCCAGGAGCUUUUGAAAUCCUGCAGAGGAUUUUGUUGAAAUGUGAACACCAUUGAACUGAUAAUUGCAAAAACAAAAUUGUAAAACUGAAGCUAAAUCUAAUUUAAAAUAGAUGUAGGCACACCUUAAAUUGGAAGAGGGAGAUGAUGUAUUCUGAAAUGUAAGGUAUUCUCUUGUCUGUAACUAGUGUGUGAGGCAAGCCUGUUUUUGGUGGUUGCCAGUUGCUUGCAUACUACCCUCCUCUCACCUAAACUGAAUUCAUGUUGCCACAAGAGUUUGCCACUACAGGGUGAAAACAAUGCAAGAUUUCCUUCUGUUUUGCUCCUCUUCCCUUCAUUUCAAACAUCAUGAAAAGUACCUUGUUUGCUUCAUUAUCUAGCCGCACUGUGAAGUCACAGCACGCGUAGUCAGGCAUUGUCACUCUGUGGCAACUGAAUUACCACUACCCCGUAGGCUGACACUCCUGAAAAAGCUGGCGUAGGAAACACAGUUCUGGAGGGAUGAAAGGUCUGUGCAUGUUUCAUGCGAGUUAUGGAGCUUCUUGAGGCAGAGAGACAAAGCGUGGGCCCAGCACAGAGGCAGCUCGUCUGGGCCACGGGGGAUCCGCUCCCCAUUAUUGCAGGCACAGCUCCGAGCUGUGCAGCCUCAUAUCUCCUGCAGCCAUUGAGUGAAACUGGAGGGAUGUGGUUCUGCUGGGGAGAGAGCAGGACUGGAGUUUGCCAGGAGCUCGUUGGGUGAGAGGGUGGAUUAAAGGCGAUGGCCGCGCUCCAGGCCCAGCUGCCUGUCCAGGUGGCCGCGCUGGGGCAGCUCUGGUGGGGCCGGGGCCUCCCUUCCCACUCCUGCUCACAGGAGUCAUCCCCUUGGCUGCUGCUGGUUGUGCAUUUACACGUGGUUGUGCAUUUUAGUGCCUAGCGAGUAGAAUCUCCGUGCUGGAGGUGGUUUGUUGUUGUUUUUGUUUCUUUAAGGUGGUUUCUUCCUUACUCCUCCCCUCCAUGUCUUUGAGUUGACAUAAGGCAGACUUUCUCAAAGCUUUUUAUCUUUGUUUUCUCCAGGUAAUUGAAAAAGUUCCCAUUGCCCAUUGUUUGUGCCAUGGUUUUUCAUUAUGUUUAAGCAAUCAUUCCUUUAUUUAACAUUUAAUACAUAUCAGACAUUGAAAACAUCAUUGUAUCCUGUUUGGCCAAUGUUAAUCUUAGCUUUUCUCAAUACUAAAAGCUAAUUGUUUUUACUUGAGGGCAUAGGAAAUAUAUAACAUUUAAACCUUGCAUAUGCUGUAAUAAAAAUAUAUAUUUUCAAACUAAAAAAAUAUAAUGUACAAAUAACUGAAUAGCUUAGUAGCUUCACAGAAAGAAGUUACUUGCUGUAUACUGCAAAAGAAAAACAAGCUUUUUAUUUUUCAAGAGUCUUCCUGAUUCUUCAUGUACCUCCAUUUCUACUGAAUUAGGAACCUAGUCCUGCAGACUUGUACUCCCACCAGUAGUCCCACCAACACCAGUAGGCCUACAUACAGGUACAGAGGCUGCAAGACCAGUCCCUAAGGGUUGCACACAGAUACAUAUGUAUAUAUAUAGAGAAAAAAGAUAUAUUGCCAUUCUUGCCAUGAUCAUCUUAUGGGGUUUUAUUUUAAAGCCCUUCUCUUCCAGAAGCAAUGUUUUUCUGUUAUGCAUGAGCAAAGGAGUAUGUUAGUUCCCCCCUGCCCUUCCCUCCUCAAGGCAAAGGAAGCAUGUGCUUGUUUAGGGAUUGCUUAUUUUAUUUUGUAAGUGACUCGAUGGCCUUAGUAACCAAGUAGGGUAGGGGUGGUAUUGCAUGCUAUCCAGUGACUUAUUUUAAGUAAAGCUUUGAUCAAAUAAGAUAGUAUUUAAGAUAAUGAUAGUUACCCAGAAGAUGCAUCACUUGGAAUGCUAAAAACCUUAUUACCAUCACUUGCCUGCAGAAUUUUGCUUUUAAAAACCUAUUAAAAAACCUUCACAAAACUCAACUGUAAGAACAUAUAAGAUGACCAUGGCAUAAAUGGUAAGACAGCUUUCUUUUUAAAAAAAGUUUAACAUGCUACAACCAAGAUUUAUGAAUUAUAGUAAACAUUUUACAGACCUUGGACAAAAUCUGUACAAGAUACAGUUAUCUUAAGGAACAUUUUUUUUUUAUUUUUCUAGAUGUGACUGAAUUGAUAAAUAGAGUUCCCAAUCCUGCUCCUGCUGAAGUUGUUUGGAAUUUGAGGCCUUAUGCAAAGAUAGGCCAGAGCCUACAAACUGCUACGCACGUGACUAGUCUCAUUGGGUUAGUCAUGUGGACUAUUCACAAAAUUAAAAAUUAGCAGGAUUGGGUUUAAGUUGUGGUGGUGAAGGUGUGGCAGUAGAUUAGGAGGGUCUUUAUUUUCCAACUUUAUAUGAUUAGACAUAAGCAACUUUUUCUUGUAAGUCACUAGUCUGUGAUGUAAAAUGCCCAAAUAAAACUAUAAUUGAAGGCACCUUUAUGUUAACUUAUAUUUUUGUUACAGUAAACAAAUUGUUUACUUUUGCCUUUUUUGAAAGUUACCUAGAAUGUAGAGCAUCUGUGAACAACAUAGUAACUAAGUAAGCACAAGCCUUUCACAGUUCAGUUAAUGAUAAUUAGCUUUUAUACUAUAAAAGCUACUAUGUCGUCCCUUGAUGGUUAUGUGCUCAUGGUGUUUCCAUGCAGAAAAACAAAAUUGUAAAGCAUCUGAAAAAACUGUUACUGCACCAAGAUUUAUAAUAACUGGCUUUUGUUCAAUGGCUGAAAAAAAGUUCAAAGCCAUACUUUACAGAUCCUGUCCUGCGUUCAGCUGAGCUGAGGGUGUUUGACAACGUGCCAGAAAUAUGUAGCAUCUUCAGUAGAACACUCAGUACAUACAGUUUCUAUAAACAAGGUAUAUGAAGUACUACAGAACUAGAUGUUUCUGUUCUUAGACAAACCACAGGCAACUUUGUUGGCUUUGAUUGAGCUUUGCCUUGGGUCUAACCAGAGGCCAUGUAAAAGGGAGCAUUGUAGCUUUUAUAAUACAACUGGACUAUUCUACCAACUUACAGGAUUACAGAGCAGGUGCUUUUUAUUAAUUGAGAAGAGCUAAAGCUCAUUUUUGAUAGAUAAUAUAUAUUUAUUAAAUGUAUUAAUGUGUGUUUUAUAACGUGCCCUUUUUUCCGCUGAUUGUUGCAUACUGGUAUCUUAUUAAGUACAUCUUAAAAGGAUUUUCAAGACAAUCAAACCAUGAUGACUGUACAUAAGUAUACAAAACUACAAAGGUUGUAAAGCAUGGGCAAAUGUUUUAUUUUCAAAAUGCUGUUCUUAACAAGAAUAAAGGCUUUACUAUUUACUUACAA